AUGUAUUUUCCAUUGUAUUUAAAAAAAGUGAAAAAAUUUUAUAGAUUACUCCCAAAAGAGGAAAAAAUAUUUAAAUAGCAGAAAAAGACAAUAAAAUCAUGUAUCAAAAGGAGAAUUUUGAAGAUAUAAUAAAUGACUUCGUCACAUUCAAAGAAAAAAAUAUUUUCUUCUGAUAUUUACGAUUCAGCUAUAAAGAAUAAUUUAGUUGAUUCUAAAUAUUAUUCUUUUCAUCAAAAUAUAUCUCAAGACAUAUAGUUAAGCAAUAAACAAACUAAUAAAGAAAGGUUUCGUGAAAUUAAGUUAAUUGAAGAUGCUUUAGAAUUUAAUGUUUUAGAAAAAAAUCAAGAAGAUUCUGAGUAUUAUUUUAAUAAAGGUAUAAUUCAAAAUGAAGGAUAUUUUAGCUAAUACAUUAUAUAAAAUAAACAGAUUUGAAGAAGCCUUACAAAAUUAUGAUUCAGCGAUAUACAAAAAUCCAAAAGAUUCAAGAUAUUAUUUUAAUAAAGGUAUAAUUCAAACUGUAUAAUAUUUAGCUAAUACUUUAAAUAGAAUGAAAAGAUUUUAAAAAGCUUUAGAAAAUUAUGAUUCAGCAAUACAACAAAACACAGAAAAUACUGAAUAUUAUAACGGCAAAGGUAUAAUUAAAAAGAGAUGGUAUUUAAGCAAAUACGUUAUAUGAAAUAAACAGAUUUGAAGAAGCUAUAGAAAAUUAUGAUACAGCAAUAAAAAAAAAUUCAGAAGGAGGUUCUAGAUAUAUUUUUAAUAAAGGUAAAAUUCAAAAUAGAUGAUAUUUUAGCUAAUGCAUUAUAUAAAAUAAACAGAUUUGAAGAGGCUUUGUAAAAUUAUGAUUCAGCAAUAUAAAAAAACCCAGAAGAUUCAAGAUAUUAUUAUAAUAAAGGUUUAAUUAAAUAUUGAAAAUAUCUUAGCUAUUACAUUAGAUAAAAUGAACAGAUUUGAAGAAGCUUUGGAAAAUUAUGAUGCAGCAAUACGAAAAAGUCCUGAAGAUUCAAGAUAUUAUAAUGGAAAAGGUAUAAUUUAAAAAGAAUGAUAUCUUAGCUAUUACAUUAGAUUAAAUGAACAGAUUUGUAGAAACUUUGAAAAAUUAUGAUACAGCAAUACAAAAAAAUUCAGAGGAUUCAAGAUAUUAUUACAAUAAAGGUUUAAAUUAAAUAUUGAAGAUAUCUUAGCUAUUACAUUAGAUAAAAUGAAUAGAUUUGAAGAAGCUUUGGAAAAUUAUGUUUUAGCAAUACAUAAAAAUCCAGAAGAUUCUAGAUAUUAUUACAAUAAAGGUUUAAUUAAAUAUAGAUGAUAUUAUAGCUAUUACAUUAGAUAAAAUGAACAGAUUUAAAGAAGCUUUGUUAAAUUGUGAUUCAGCAAUAUAAAAAAAUCCAGAAGAUUCAAGAUAUUAUUAUAAUAAAGGUUUAAUUAAAUAUGGAAGAUAUCUUAGCUAUUACAUUAGAUUAGAUGAACAGAUUUGAAGAAGCAUUGGAAAAUUAUGAUACAGCAAUACGUAAAAAUCCUGAAAAUGCUGACUAUUAUAAUGGCAAAGGUAUCAAUUUAAAAUUUAUGAUUUAUUAGCUAUUACUCUAAAAUAAAUGAACAUGUUUUAAGAAGCUUUGGAAAAUUAUGAUUCAGCAAUACAAAAAAAUCCAGAAGAUUCAACAUAUUAUUACAAUAAAGGUUUAAUUAAAUAUGGAAGAUAUCUUAGCUAUUACAUUAGAUUAGAUGAACAGAUUUGAAGAAGCAUUGGAAAAUUAUGAUGCAGCAAUACGAAAAAGUCCUGAAGAUUCAAAAUAUUAUAAUGGAAAAGGUAUAAUUCAAAAGGAUGAUAUUUUAGCUAUUACAUUAGAUUAAAUGAACAAAUUUGAAGAAGCUUUGGAAAAUUAUGAUACAGCAAUACAUAAAAAUCCUGAAAAUGCUGGCUAUUAUAAUGGCAAAGGUAUCAAUUUAAAAUUUAUGAUUUAUUAGCUAUUACUCUAAAAUAAAUGAACAUGUUUUAAGAAGCUUUGGAAAAUUAUGAUUCAGCAAUACAAAAAAAUCCAGAAGAUUCAACAUAUUAUUACAAUAAAGGUUUAAUUAAAUAUGGAAGAUAUCUUAGCUAUUACAUUAGAUUAGAUGAACAGAUUUGAAGAAGCAUUGGAAAAUUAUGAUGCAGCAAUACGAAAAAGUCCUGAAGAUUCAAAAUAUUAUAAUGGAAAAGGUAUAAUUCAAAAGGAUGAUAUUUUAGCUAUUACAUUAGAUUAAAUGAACAAAUUUGAAGAAGCUUUGGAAAAUUAUGAUACAGCAAUACAUAAAAAUCCUGAAAAUGCUGGCUAUUAUAAUGGCAAAGGUAUCAAUUUAAAAUUUAUGAUUUAUUAGCUAUUACUCUAAAAUAAAUGAACAUGUUUUAAGAAGCUUUGGAAAAUUAUGAUUCAGCAAUACAAAAAAAUCCAGAAGAUUCAACAUAUUAUUACAAUAAAGGUUUAAUUAAAUAUGGAAGAUAUCUUAGCUAUUACAUUAGAUUAGAUGAACAGAUUUGAAGAAGCAUUGGAAAAUUAUGAUGCAGCAAUACGAAAAAGUCCUGAAGAUUCAAAAUAUUAUAAUGGAAAAGGUAUAAUUCAAAAGGAUGAUAUUUUAGCUAUUACAUUAGAUUAAAUGAACAAAUUUGAAGAAGCUUUGGAAAAUUAUGAUACAGCAAUACAUAAAAAUCCUGAAAAUGCUGGCUAUUAUAAUGGCAAAGGUAUCAAUUUAAAAUUUAUGAUUUAUUAGCUAUUACUCUAAAAUAAAUGAACAUGUUUUAAGAAGCUUUGGAAAAUUAUGAUUCAGCAAUACAAAAAAAUCCAGAAGAUUCAACAUAUUAUUACAAUAAAGGUUUAAUUAAAUAUGGAAGAUAUCUUAGCUAUUAGAUUAGAUGAACAGAUUUGAAGAAGCAUUGGAAAAUUAUGAUGCAGCAAUACAAAAAAAUCCAGAAGAUUCAACAUAUUAUAAUGGAAAAGGUAUAAUUUAAAAAGGAUAAUAUUUUAGCUAAUUCAUUAGAUUAAAUGAACAUGUUUUAAGAAGCUUUGGAAAAUUAUGAUCCAGCAAUACAUAAAAAUUCAGAGGAUUCAAGAUAUUAUUACAAUAAAGGUUUAAAUUAAAUAUUGAAGAUAUCUUAGCUAUUACAUUAGUUAAAAUGAACAGAUUUAAAGAAGUUUUGCAAUUUUGGGACGUACUAAUUUAAAAAACUCCAGAAGAUUUCACAUGUUAUUUUAAUAAAGGUAUAAUUCAAAAUAGAUGAAAUUUUAGCUACUACAUUAUAUAAAAUAAACAGAUUUGAAGAAGCUUUGCAAAAUUAUGAUUCAGUAAUACAUAAAACUCAUGAAAACGCUGACAAUUAUAAUGGCAAAGGUAUAAUUUAAAAUUGA